UGCCCUCUUCACUGGUUUCAAGCCACCACCACAACCACCACCACUGGACAAGUACGAGUACUUCGUCCAGGUCGACAUCCUAUCAACCUGUUUCGGCCCCAAGUCAACUCUUUUUUCUUUGACCUCGAUUAUCUCUAUCUUACCAACUUGUCCUGACCCUUCCUUCGUUGUCCCCCACACCACACUUUCGUCGAUUUGACGCCUGCGCCUAGGGCAUACGAAGCCAUCAGGCCUGGGACAUCCUCACAAUCACUCUGGGAAAUACAGGCUAUAACCUGCUUCGACCCAUCUAUAUUAACGAGUUUCCUACGAUCACCUUCUCUCAUUGUAAUCAUGGUCCAUAUCUCCCUCCCUCGGAGCCUCCACAAUCUGGGCAAGAGCAAAGAUCAGGCAUCAUCUUCUUCCACCAACAAUAACAACAACAACAAUAAUGGAGGUCAACGCCCAGAGCCCCCAAGAAACGGCAGCAGCAACUAUUCUCUCACUUCUUCCGAUUCGAAACCACUCAUCCUUAAGGUCUAUGUUGUAAAGGCAAGAAACCUGGCAGCCAAAGAUAGAUCUGGCACCUCUGACCCCUACCUUGUUGUCACCCUCGGUAAUUCCAAACAGUCAACACCUUCUAUAAGCAAGAAUCUCAACCCGGAAUGGAAGAUCUGUUUUGACAUGCCCUUGACCGGCGUUCCCCUCUUGGAGUGUAUGUGCUGGGACAAGGACCGAUUUGGCAAGGACUACAUGGGCGAGUUUGACAUUGCAAUUGAGGAUAUCUUUGCCAAUGGCAAGGUUCAGCAAGAGCCCAAAUGGUACAAGCUCAAGUCGAGAAGAGUGGGAAGCAAGAAAGAAAGCACAGUGUCUGGCGAGGUCUUGAUGCAGUUUUCCAUUAUCGACUCGGCAAAUCCGUCUGCCAGUCCCGAUGAGAUUCGCAAGAAAUUCUUAGCAUACAUCGGAUCUGAAGAGGAAGACGAUGAACUGUCCAGAGUUUCCACCAAUGUUGAUGCCGGCGAUGAGGAUGUUGACGAUAUCGACGAGGACGUGGAGGAGUCUGUGACCGAGACUGAAGCUGGCCCCAAAGGUGCAAUUGCAGACAAAAAGGAGAAAAAGAGACGCCUAGCUCGCCUUCGUCGUAAAUCCAUUGCUGCAAGAGCCUACAAUUUCCUCGGCGCCGACAACGACGUCAACGGCGUUUUGUUCACGGAAAUUGUCAAGAUCACUGAUUUACCACCCGAACGCAACAUGACACGAACGUCGUUCGAUAUGGAUCCCUUCGUCGUAACAGCUCUGGGCCGCAAGAUCUUGAGAACUAAGGUGGUCCGGCACAAUCUCAAUCCCGUGUACAACGAGAAAAUGGUCUUUCAGAUCAUGAAGCACGAGACCGGAUACUCGUUGACAUUUACCGUCAUUGACCGAGACAAGUUGUCAGGAAAUGACUUUGUGGCUUCCACCUCUUUUCCCAUUCAGAAAAUGAUCGAGGCAGCACCGGAGGAGGAUCCAGAAACGGGUCUCUACGACCUUCCUGAGCCUCCAGAAUUUUCAGCGGCAAUGGCCACAAAUCAGAAUGGCAAGUCUAGAUUCCGGCUACCCUUGUCCCGGUCUUCUUCGCAAAGCAGUCUCUCAAAACUCGCUCGCCCGAACUUUAAGAGAGAUGAUUCUUCAGUUUCGGUGUCAUCCUCUUUGUCAACAUCUAUUAGUAACGAAUCCCGACCGCCUGCGCCCACGAGUGCGCCUGUUGAUAGCAGUGCGAGUACUCUCAAGGUACCAGGCACGGCCGACGUCGCCAGCCCCCAACCACCAGAAGAUCCCACCAUGAAGUCUUAUGUCCUGCCACUCGAAUUAAAAAAUAAAGAACAAUGGGAAGCCAAGCAUCGUCCAGAGCUGUACAUUCGCGGUCGAUACCUGCCUUAUAAGGCACUGAGACAGCAGUUCUGGAGAGCAAUGUUCAAACAGUACGACGCCGAUGACAGCAAACGUAUUAGCAAGAUUGAGUUCACUACUAUGCUUGAUACUCUGGGCUCCACACUAAAAGAAUCUACCAUCGAUGGCUUCUAUACCAGAUUUGCUACAGAGAACGAAGAAACUGGAGAGGUCGAUUUGAGUUUCGACCAGGCUGUCAUGUGUCUUGAAGAGCAGUUGCAGAAAGGAAGCGACAAGAAGACGACAAGUGAAAAAAUCAAGGCCGCCAUACCAACGACUUCAAAGCCACAAGAUGAUCCCAAUAUUGUCCAAAGUCAUGUUCUCUCUGGGGAAGUUCCUGCGAUCGAGCAAAAGGAAAUCGGCACAGCUGGAGAGGAAGGACAGUUACUCGACGAUGAUCUAGAAGAUAUGGGCGAUAGUGAAGAACACGUUAUUGAAAUUCGAGAAUGCCCUAUCUGCCAUCAGCCCAAGCUUAACAGGCGGACUGAAGCUGACAUAAUCACACAUAUCGCGACCUGCGCUAGUUCCGACUGGAGGCAGGUGAACAACUUAGUAAUGGGUGGUUUCGUUACUCAAAGUCAAGCUCAACGCAAGUGGUACUCGAAAGUAAUCACCAAGAUCAGCUAUGGUGGCUAUAAGUUGGGAGCCAACAGCGCCAACAUACUGGUUCAAGAUCGAAUCACAGGCCAAAUCAAUGAAGAACGAAUGUCUGUGUACGUGCGUAUAGGAAUUCGACUGUUGUACAAGGCUUUAGGAGCCCGAGAAAUGGAGAAGAGACGAAUCAAGAAGAUGCUCAAGUCACUGUCUAUCAAACAGGGCAAGAAAUACGACGAUCCGGCAUCAGCAUCCCAGAUUGAGGGCUUUAUCGACUUCCAUCGCCUGAACAUGUCUGAAGUGCUUUUGUCUACAGACCAGUUCAAGAACUUCAACGAGUUCUUUUACAGAGCCUUGAAACCAGGCGCUAGACCUUGCAGUGCCCCAGACCGACCCGAAGUGAUUGUAUCUCCGGCUGACUGUCGUUCCGUGGUUUUCAACACAAUUGACGAUGCCACCAAAAUUUGGGUCAAAGGGCGAGACUAUUCACUGGAGAAACUUUUCGGUGAUGCUUAUCCUCUGGAAGCGAAACGAUACAAGGGCGGAAGCAUGGGCAUAUUCCGACUGGCGCCACAGGACUACCACCGUUUCCAUGUCCCGGUUGAUGGUACGAUUGGAACGCCCAAGACCAUUGAAGGUGAAUAUUAUACAGUCAACCCGAUGGCCAUCAGAUCCGCCCUGGACGUGUAUGGCGAAAACGUGCGAGUCUUGGUACCUAUUGAUUCUGUCGCCCAUGGCCGAGUCAUGUAUGUUUGUAUUGGUGCCAUGAUGGUCGGGUCGACCGCGAUUACACGAAAACCUGGUGAAAAGGUUAAACGAGCUGAAGAGCUAGGAUAUUUCAAGUUUGGCGGAAGCACCGUGCUACUCUUUUUUGAACCGGGGAAGAUGGUGUACGAUGAUGACCUGAUCGACAACAGCAAUGGAGCCCUGGAAACAUUGGUACGGGUCGGUAUGUCGAUUGGGCACUCGCCACACGUUGAGUCACAUACGCCGGAUAUGAAAAAGGACGAAAGUAAAAUUACGGCUGAAGAGAGAGCAGAUGCGAAACGUAGGAUUGAAGGAAGCCUGGCACCUAACAACGGCGGAGAACCAACACCAGCUGCAUAGCUAACAAGGAGCAAUCGACAAUCAACAAUCGAUGAAUGACAUUUUUUUAUUACUUCGUACGCCUACCUUAUGAUAUGACGGUGGUUAACGAGAUCAGGAAAAAAAGAGACUCUUAAUUGAAACAACAAAACGUUAAAACAUUAAAACAUUAACAUGACGGACGUACACUGGGCACGGGUACAAGCUUGGAUAGACAAUGCAUAUACCAUCCGUUCAAUUGCACGAUGGACGGUUGUUUUUGGUUAGGCAAGUUUUAAAAGAGAUGAAUAUCGAAGAAUAUCAAGACUAUUAUCAAUAUCAUCAAUCAUCAUCAUCA